UUGGAGUUCACUGGUGGGACGCCUGGCAGCCCUUUCAUACACAGAGCAGACCGUGUGCCCGACAGCCUUUCUCCCCUCUCCUCUCCCAACUGCCGUGUCUCCUCUCCUGAACAGCCGGCCAAAGGGCUGAUUUCAUCUUCGCUGUGGAGGAAGAGUGAGCAGACUCCACUUAGUCUAGCCAAAAGGAAGAGCGUUUGACCAGGAAAUAUUCUUCACUAUCUGGUCACUGGAUGGGAAGAAGAAGAAUCUUUGACCUUGGAAAAUGAAGAUGUUGUUGCCAUGGGAACUGUUAAUCCUUCUGUCACUCAAAGAGUGCCUGGCUGAGAAUACACGCCACGGUCCUGUCUUCACUCAGGAGCCCAGUGACAGUAUUUUCCCACUGAGCACUGACGAUAAGCAGGUGUUUAUUAAUUGCAAAGCGAAGGGAAACCCGCCUCCACACUACAGGUGGAAAGUGGAUGGCAGAGACAUAAACACAGAGUCGGAGCCAAACUACAGUCUUGUAGAGGGUAACCUGCUGAUCAAUAACCCUCAUGUCAUCAAUCAUGGAGGAGUGUAUCAGUGCAUCGCCGCCAAUACAUUUGGGACUGUUGUCAGCAGGGAGGCAAAAGUCCAGUUUGCAUUUCUGCAGAACUUCAACAGGAAGUCGCGGAACAUGGUGUCGGUGAGAGAGGGUCAAGCCGUGGUUCUGCUCUGUGGCCCUCCACCCCAUUACGGAGAGAUCAAAUAUUCAUGGGUUUUCAAUGGACAGCGCAGCUUCCUGCAGCAGGACGCCCGGCGCUUCAUCUCUCAGAGAACGGGCAACUUGUACAUCGCCAAAGUUGAAGCCUCAGACGAGGGGAACUACACGUGCGCGGUGAGAAACAUGAUGACCAACGCCACAGUGUUCAGCUCCCCAACCCCCGUGGUGGUGCGGCGGGACGUGGUGAUGGGUGAAUACGAGCCAAAGAUUGAGGUUCAGUUUCCUGACACUCUUCAUGUCUCUAAAGGAUUAUCAGUGAAGCUGGAGUGCUUUGCCUUAGGAAACCCAGUGCCUUCCAUCUCAUGGAGAAGAGCUGAUGGAAAUCCACUCCCCGGCAAGAUUAAAAUCAAUCACUCCAGUGGGGUUCUGGAAAUUCCAUAUUUUCGCCCAGAGGAUGCCGGUGUGUACGAGUGCGUUGCCGAAAACAGCAGAGGACGAAAUGUUGCCAGAGGGCAACUUAUAUUCCACAAUGUUGAACAUCUGCAUUGGGUCCAAACACUGAAAGAUGCUCAUAUGGCAAUAGAUGCUAAUCUGCAGUGGGAAUGUAAAGCCAUCGGUAAGCCGAGCCCUGUAUACAGAUGGCUGAAGAAUGGUCAGCCACUAACAGCAGAGGGGAGAAUCCAUGUGGAAGCUGGUAGACUGACCAUAUCCAGGAUUAGUCUGUUGGACUCCGGGAUGUAUCAGUGUGUGGCGGAGAAUGAACAUGGAGCCGUCUAUGCCAGCUCUGAGCUCAAAGUUGUAGCCUCCCCGCCUGACUUCACCCGGCGCCCCGUGAAGAAGUCCACGGUGAUCCAGAGGGGGGGCGAGGUGGUCCUAGAAUGUCGCCCCCACGCUUCCCCCAGGGCCACAAUCUCCUGGUGGAGAGGGGGCGAACCGCUGAAGGACAGCAAGAGACAGACAAUCAUGGCAGAUGGGACUCUACGUAUCACCAACAUCUCCAAAUCUGAUGGAGGCAGAUACACAUGUGUGGCCAGAAACCAUUUUGGAACAUCCAGCAGCACGGGGACGCUGGUGGUGAAAGAACCCACCAGGAUCGUAGUUCCACCCUUGAGUUUGGAUGCCACCGUGGGACAGAGCCUUGUGUUGCCAUGUGAAGUGUCCAGUGAUUCGUCUCUGAGCCCCAUCUUCAAGUGGUUUUUCAAUGGCAAAGCCAUUGAUUUCAGCAGGCAGGAGCACUUUGAAAUGAUUGGAGGGGGAUUUGCAGGUGACCUGAUGGUGAGGAACAUUCAGCUGAAGCAUUCUGGGAAGUAUGUGUGCAUGGUACACACUGAAGUCGACACUGUUUCGGCAGCAGCAGACCUAAUUGUCAGAGGACCUCCCGGUGCCCCGGAGGGCCUGGUGGUGACUGACAUUACUGACACCACUAUGCAACUGUCCUGGAGCUCUGGAACUGACAACCACAGUCCUGUUACCAUGUACAUGGUGCAGGCCAGGACCCCCUUCUCUAUAGGCUGGCAGACUGUGAGAACAGUUCCUGAUUCUGUGCCUGGACAGAUGAUGCAUGCAACAGUGAAAGAUUUGAACCCCUGGGUGGAUUAUGAAUUCAGGGUGGUGGCAAUCAACAGUGUUGGUGUAGGAGAACCCAGCACGCCAUCAAAACAGAUUCGAACCAAAGCAGCAGUUCCUAAGGUUGCACCCGUUAAUGUGAGUGGCGGCGGAGGAGCUCGAGGAGAACUUGUCAUCAUUUGGGAGCCGGUUCCGGAGGAACAGCAGAGCGGAGAGGACUUUGGCUAUGUUGUGGCUUUCCGCCCACUUGGCAGCAGCACCUGGAUCCAGACAGUGCUGGCAUCACCUGAUGCAUCCAGAUAUAUUUACAGAAAUGACAGCAUCGCACCCCUGUCCCAGUUUGAAGUGAAAGUGGGCGUGUACAACAGCCUGGGAGAGGGGCAGUUCAGCCGUGUUGUUAGAGUGCUUUCUGCAGAGGAAGAGCCUUCUGAGGCACCGUCAAGAGUGUGGGGCCGUGCCGUUUCAGCCUCUGACAUCGAGGUGUACUGGGAGCCAAUUCCCCCCGGGUCCAGCAAGGAGAAGAUCAUUGCAUAUGAGGUUCUGUUUUGGGAGGAAGGAUCUCAGCAAAGUCAAGCAGACAGAGUGAAGGUUAUCAACACCAUGGCUCUGCUGUCUGGCUUAAAGGGUAGCACAGUCUAUCUGAUCUCAGUCAGAGCCCAAAACAGCGCUGGACUUGGACCCUGCAGCCCUGCAUUUAACAUCACCACCAAGAAACCACCUCCGCGUCAGCCUCCGGGGAAUAUUGAGUGGAACCUGACCAACUCUAAGAUCUUUCUAAAUUGGGAACAUGUCAAGGCGAUGGAAAAUGAGUCUGAGGUGACGGGAUACAAGGUUGUGUAUCGUCAGAACUGGCAUGGCAGGACCACUGUACUGGAAACCAAUAAAACCAGUGUGGAGCUGCAGAUCCCUUCCGGAGAGGACUACCUCAUUGAGAUCAAAGCUCUGACCAAAGGGGGUGAUGGCACCAGCAGCGGCCCCAUCCGCAUACCAAAGAUGUCCAGUAAGUUUCAGACACUCUGCAGCAUGCAAAUGAUUAGAGUUGGAAUUAAGCAGAUGAGCAGUGGGAUGGGUGCACUGUGUGUAACUAAUCCCCAGUGUGACUGAUACUGUUUAUCAGCUUCACUGUGGCUUGAACAAGGCCUUUAGAAUACACAUAGAAAUUGUAAUAAGACUGCAGCAUACGAGCAGGACGAAGAGACAAAAUGUACAAAGUUAUCUCCGUCCAGAAGCUUGUGUUUCAGUCCUCUUUGUCUGUUCGCCGGCAGGAUGUCUCUGAAACUUAAAAGAGUAGUUCAACAUUUCGAGAAAUAUGCUUAAUUGCUUUCUUUCUGAGAGUAAGAUGAGACGAUCAAUAUCAAGCUGGCGUGCAAGCUGGCAAAUAUACAGAGCUGGAAUCAGAAUGUAGUUAGCAGCAGCUUAGCAUAAAGACUGGAGACAGGUAGAAACAGCAGCUGGCUGUGUCCAGAGUUCUAAAACUUCCCUGCCAGCACAUCUAAAGCUGACUAAUUUAUGUGUUGUGUGAAUCGUGCAUACACAAAAAAACCUGCAGCAAUGUGUUGUUUUAGGAGGGCGUUUACACAUUGCAGCUAUUUCUUGAUCAACUUAAUGCAGUUUACACUGAACCUCUCACCUCUUUGUGAGCGUCACAAAGAAAACAGCAAGAAGGUGGAUUUCCUCAAAUAUGUAACUAUUAUAGUGAGACUUGGUCAGCUAAAGACAUUUGUUUGGCUUAGGAAGAUCUCAUGAGGUUUUGGUGAGGAUAGCGCCACAAUGUGUCCAUUUAGACAGCAUUUUACAUGUUUACCAAGUGGCAACAUCUGGGGCUGAAAACUGAAGCCAACACUGAAGCAAACAACAAAAACUGCAGUUCCUCGAAUGACCACUAGAUGCUGGCUCCAACAGGGAGUUAAUCCUCAUAGACUCCCAUGUUAAAUUGUCAAACUUUGCAGUAGAAAUAAACAUGUUUACAGCUUGGUUCAAAAAACUGUUCUCUCUAGCUAAUGUACCCCUUCAUGACAACUGUACAGGGGGUGAAUUUUUAUAUAACUCACCUGUAUAAAUUUUAUUAAGGCUUAAAGUUCUGCAUAAUUGAGGGUGUGGUCACUUUGAGUGACAGGUGCACAGAAGUCUUACUGACAGGAUGAUAUAUUAAAGUAAUGAAUAUUUUGCAGGUAAUUUACAUUCAGCAUCGUCUGAUAUAAAGAAGAGAAAAUGAUCUGCAUCACUACAUUAUUAGACUUCCUCCGAGACAUAUUUCUGUUGCAGAGGAACAUAUUUUGUAGGAGGUUGCUUUUCAGUUACUUCAUAGGAUGCACUACUAGUGGUAAAGGUUGUAGGAGACAAAAGUUCACUAAAGUUACAAUGAUGUUUCUGUGAUGAAAUGUAAAGAAAUGCUACUGUAUGUUUUAGAUUUCAGAUUUGUUUGCUAUGCGCAGCUUUUAUUUCACAUCAUUUGAUGUCUUUUUAAUAUUAUUUCAAUACAUCAUGUGUCAUUGGCACCACACACACCCCAAUUCUUUGCCCAUUUUUGGAUUAGCUGACAGAGGCAGGCCAAGAUGGCGACAAUGGAGCAGCUCACUCUGAGCUUCAAAGCUACUCUUCAGAAACCCAUGGGUGAUACGUCCAUCUUUAUGUACAGUCUAUGAUUGUUACUCUUAUUAUGCCUGGAUUCCUCGGUCAAACAUGUUUUUGUCUACUCUCUCUUCUAUGCACACUUCAUUUUAUCUAAUUUAUAUAAUAUUCCAUGCAGAAAGUCCGAUAUAGCAAGUAACGAUCCUGUAAGAUUUGAUGGGUUUUUGCCUGUAGGGGGCAUCACAGAAACAAUAUAAACUUAAUAAACUUAAUAAACUUAAUGACCAUAAUUAGGCUGUAAUGAGCCAGACUUACUUGAAAUUUUAAACUAUUUAUCUCUUUUCAAAGCUGUACAUUCUCACAACAAGGGUACACAAAACAUAUUUCACCGCUAAUAAUGCUCUUCUUCUCUUCCCAGGUCUUAACUCUGAAGGAUGUGUGUGUCCAGGUUCAAUGAAGAUUUGCUGUUUUAUGAUGUUUUUUCUAUUAUCUAUGUUCAUUUUGUAGCUUCUGAUGCCUUUAUAUUUAGCUCUGGACAUUAGAGUGAAUAUAGUUUAGGAUUUUCCUCUACGUGUCAGAUUUGCAGAAUGCUCCGCUACCUGGAGAGUUUCUCAACCGCUGGUUUGCAAAACCAAACUGAAUGAUGGGAGUGUUCUGACAGGUUGUCAAAUACCCACAAAUCCUGUGGCUGGACUGUUACUCAUAGCCUACAGCGCAGCCUAUUUUCAGGACCACUGCAAUCCUCCUGGAAGCAUGUGUUUGAUAAACAUUGGAAGAUGAAUUUCUUAUCUUUAUUUGUGAAAUGAACUUGAGCACAGGUUCAUGUCCCAGUUUAAUGUCUGUCUCCACCUUUUUUGCCUCAACUUCCAAGUUAUUCUCUUGCUGUGACCCCAAUGAAUGUUAUAGACCGAAAGGUGAAAACUCAGAGUUUAGUUAAUCUCUGUUCACUUUGCUCUGUUCAUUUUGGAUUUAAAGCGUUAAUCCUCAACAUUUUUUAUGUGUUUUAACUUAUUUGAUUGUAUCAGUGGUACAGUCAAAACGAACCCAUAAAAUGAAAGGAACAAUAUGAGAUUUUAGGAAUUACUUGUUUUUGACUUCUAGUAGUUUUCCACCCCGCCACCUGUCUUUAUGCUAAGAUAAGCUAAUUGACUCCAGCCUGUAGCUCCAUACUUAAUGCGCAGAUCUGACAGUGGUGUCAAAUUUCUCAUGUAACUAAUACAAAUAAAUAUUUUCCCAAAAUGGUACUGUACAGGUACAAGGUGGUACAAGUAUCCAUAGGAAAUUAUACCCAAUGUCGUGUGCAUGUUUGGCUAGUCAACUAGCAACAAUCUCAUAUUCUUAACCUACUUUUAGGUUCUUGUAAAUCAUUUGUGCACCUACAACCACAUAACAGUUGAUUUCAAGCAGGAGUAUGACUUUUAGCUCUAACUAGUAUUUGCUCAUCUUAACCCCCAAACCAACCUCCUGAGUCAAAAGUCUGCACCUAUAUUAAAACAGAUUUCCACUUGACCACCAACAAUUUGGUCUGACAUUUGGGUGUGUUAUGCUAUUACCAGCUGAUGUAGCCUUGAGCUGCUAGCCUUAACGAGAGAUGAGGAGCGGGCUACACAGGUCUGGUAAACUUGAGUUUAUCAGGUCACAUGUCUUACAUGAAAUGAUUUGAUCAACACUCACUGUCACCAAAUCCAUCCAAACAGACAGCCUUCAGGAUUAACACUUUAACACCAGCCUGUAAUCAUCCACAGAGUUAGGACAGCCGUAAACAUUUCCUGUGUUGAUUUUAUGCAAGGUCACACUGGCUGACCUUAUGAUAGUUUUUAAACAUGUAUCAAGAAACACUUGGAUUUAACAAAGCUGCUUUUCUUUGUCGAGUUUAUAUUCUUCAAACCUGUUGUCAAGCAGUCUUUAAAACAUACAAAAGGGCAAACUUAUCACACAUAGAAUGUACAAUGUUAUUUACUUAAUUUAAUUUAUUUCUAAAAUUAUAUUUUAUGUAAUUUUGUGUGGGGGAACAUAAAGUAAUUGGUGGCAUAUGAGAAGUCAAGCUAAAAACGCAGCAUAUUAAUUUAUUAUACACCUAAAACUGAUAGAUGAUUAAGUGUGACAGCUCCCCCGAAGAUCAGUUUUGUACAUCUAGUGUGCGUUUUAUUAAUUGCAAACAUUAGCAUCCACCAUAACUAAGUAAAAACUUAAACAGCAUCUAACCUAGCUACAAAAGUAUAAGUUGAUCAAAUACAAAUGACAUUUGUCUUUGUCUGUUACUUUCCAACAUGGAUAGGACAUUUCUGAAUAACAGUCUUCGUACCUCAGAGUUUAACAUACCUUUACUGACAGGAUACCACAUUAAAGUAAUGAAUAUUUUGCAGAUAAUACAUUCAGCAUCGUCUGAUAUAGAAGAUAUGAUGCACUACUGAGUGGUAAAAGAUAUAGGAGAAAAAGGUCACAAAAGAUACAAUGAUGUUGCUGUUCUGAAAUGUACAGAAAUGCUGCUGUAAGUUUUAGAUUUCAGGUGUGUUUGCUAAGCACAGCUUUUAUUCACAUCAUUCGAUGCUGUUUUAUUUGCAUUCAUAGGGUCUGUCAUUUCAAUACAUGCAGCAUUUUUGGGACAACACACAUGGCUAUUAAUAUAUUGAUCACAAAACAUAUUAACUGCACAUCUGUCAUAAUUUAAUGUAUUUUUAUUGUUGCAAAAAAGUCAAAUAUAUAUUUGUUUUCCUAGAGGAGAUGCAGGUGUUUAAAUGACAUACUUCAGAGAGAACUGUUUGUCCCUCAUAAUGACUUGUGUGCUUUAUUCUUUAUUUUAAUGACUGAAGUGCUAAAACAUAUUUAUUAUAUACAUUUUUCCUAUAUACUUUCACUGCUUUAUUGUAAAUCUAGUCUGUGUAAAAUCUAUAACAGUCCAAACCUCAUUGCUUUUUCAUUGAUUCAUUAAUUUUGUGCUGUUCCAUUUACUUAAACCUGAAAUCCCUUUACAUUUGCCUAGUGGUUUUAUUUACAGUUGUAAUACCUAAUUAUGAUGUCUCAAAUUUGUAUUUAUGAAAUUUCUGCCCUUUUCAUUUGUGAUUAACAUGCUUUCUGUAACUAAAUUUGCAAUUUGUUACUUCAGCAAUGUGAUACCUUUGUAUUAAUAUGAUAAGAUAUCUCUGUGAGAUGACGAAGACUAAAUUAAAUUUUCACAUUGAAAUCCUUU